UUUUGUCGAUACAGCGCGAAAUUAGGAAGGCUUUUUUUACAAUAAGUGAACUCUGAUUUUUGAUAAAGUAAAUUCUCACAAGAGACGCGCUUUUUGCUUAGAAUAUUUGUCGAAAUUUUCACACAAUUAUGUCCGGGGUAAAAAAAAGAUGGAUCUUAUUUAUCAUAUGAGAACCAACAACGUUUAAUUACAUUACACUGACAUAUAUAUUAACGGUGUCACAGUUUUCAAGACAGUCUUAAAUGAUACCCGAGAACACUUUCAAUAAAGCGUAAAGUUUAUCACUGAUCAAAUCGCAAAAAAUUGGACGAUGGCCACGGUAUCAAUAGAGCAAGGCAUGCUGCAAGGGAGAAAAUCACAAACUGAUAAUAGAUUUGUGUUCUACGAGUUUGUGGGUAUUCCAUAUGCCAAACCCCCGGUGGGACAACUAAGGUUCAAGAGUCCUCAACCUCCAGAAAAAUGGUAUGGCGUGAGAGAUGCAACUGUUGCGAAUAAGAACAACGUGUCAUUACAAACAGACGUAAUAAGUGGUCGAGUUGUGGGAAGCGAAGACUGCCUUUAUUUAAACGUCUAUACUCCCAAGAUACCAGCUGAGAAAUCUGAAACAUUACCUGUAAUGAUCUACAUACACGGCGGUGGUUUCAUUCGUGGAAACGGAAUAUUAGAAAAUGAACAUGGACCAGAUUUUCUCAUCGAGCACAAUGUAGUUAUAGUCACAAUCAAUUACAGGCUCUCCGUCUUAGGAUUUUUAUCUUUGGACAUACCAGAAGUAGCAGGCAACAUGGGCUUGAAAGAUCAAGUCAAAGCUCUUGAGUGGGUCCAAAACAACAUUAAACAUUUUGGUGGGGACAAAAAUAACAUCACUUUAUUUGGGCUGAGUGCAGGCUCUGCUUGUGUUGAGUAUCACAUUGUUUCACCAAGAUCCAAGGGUCUAUUUCAUAAAGCUAUACUUCAAUCGGGCUCUUGUCUUAAUCAUUGGGCAGUUAAUAAUGAGUCAAUGAAAGUAGUUAGUCUACUUGCCGCAAGUUUAGGAUAUAAGGGAUCAUUAGAAAAUAAAAUUUGUCUUAAUGAGUUUUUUUUAAAUAUUCCCGGAACAGCGUUGACCGCAUCGGCUACACAAAUUGCCGAAAAUUGGAAAGUUGAUGGAUUUUUCUUUGGAUUUGUUCCUUGUAUUGAAAAAGAUUUCGGGAAUGGGGAAGCUUUUUUAACAGAAAAGCCAUAUGAAUUAUUGAAGAUGGGUAAUUUCAAUCAUGUACCUGUUAUUAAAGGUUUUUGCAACAAAGAGGGUUAUUUGAUGCGUAUUGCGAAACCAAAAACAAUAUCACACAUUCUGGAAAUGAAAAUAUUUACAGAUCGAUGGUCGUUUGAUUUUGACGCAACAGAAAGAUGUAAAUACGAUGCUCAGUUGGCUCAGGCUUAUACAGAAGACAUUAAACCAGGAGAUGAGUAUGAUGCGCUUGCAGUUGACUUCAUAACAGAUUCUGAAAUGGUGUCUGGAAUUUGGAUCAGUGGAAAGAUGAUGGCUGGUCACGGUGUGCCUGGUAGAGGUGCGGCUCACACUGACGAUCAAAGUUAUGUGUUGUGUCACAAAUUAAUGAGAAGAGCUAUCGGACAAGAUUUAAUUAUACGAAAUUUAAUGACAAAAAUGUGGACUAAUUUUGCUAAAUAUAGUUCCCCUACCCCGGAAGAUAGAUUGGAAACGUUGACUGAAUGGCCCGCGUUCACAGAAAACAAUCCUGUUUCCUUAAGAAUUGACAGAGAAAUUAAACUAUUGACUAAUUACGAACCGAAGAGGAUGAAGAUUUUUGAAGAAAUUUAUGACAAACAUUACUCAUGUUAA